UUUAUGAAUCACUUAUUUGUUUGAUUGAAAUUAUGGGAUUGUUAGCACUGAUAAAGAAACUGAAAGCCACACCAAAUAGAGAAUUGCGAAUUCUUCUGUUGGGUCUCGACAAUGCAGGGAAGACGACAAUUCUCAAGAAGUUGGCCUCAGAGGACGUCACUCAUAUCACUCCAACUCAGGGUUUUAACAUAAAAAGUGUUCAAACGCCUGGAUUUAAAUUAAAUGUUUGGGAUAUCGGAGGACAACGUAAGAUAAGACCGUAUUGGAGGAACUACUUCGACAACACCGAUGUUCUCAUUUAUGUCAUCGAUAGCGCUGAUAAAAAAAGAUUUGAAGAAACAUCAGUGGAAUUAAGUGAACUUUUAAGUGAAGAGAAGUUAAUAGGAGUUCCUCUAUUGGUUUACGCCAACAAACAAGACUUAUUCAACGCAUCGCCCGCUAGUGAACUGGCAGAAGGUCUACAUUUGAUGGCAAUAAGGGACAGGACGUGGCAAAUACAACCCUGUUCUGCCAUAUCCGCUGAAGGACUCAAAGAUGGGCUCGAGUGGGCCGUUAAGAACAUCAAAGCAAACAAAAAGUGAAUAACUUUUUAAGAGACUUAAAAUUUUCUAAAAAUUUGUUUCUCUA